AGAAAGAUAGCAAAACCCACCUUACUAAGUUUCCUCCGCAUAAAUCUCCGCUCAAUUUACAUUCCCAAAUCCAAAAAUUUCGAUACUUUUCACAAUUUCGGCUCAAAAAUGGCUGGUCUAACUCCGGGUGAGGACCGGUUAGAGAUUGCCUUUUUCGACGUCGAGACGACAAUUCCGUUUCGACCUGGCCAAAAGUAUGAGAUUCUGGAGUUUGGAUCGAUCCUGGUUUGCCCCAAGAAGCUAGUGGAGCUUCGAAACUACUCAUCCCUGGUUCGACCCGCCAAUCUCAGCAACAUCACGCCUAAAUCGGUUAAUUGCAACGGCAUCAAGCAAGAGGACGUCAAGUCAGAACGUAUGUUUGCAGAUAUAGCCGAUGAAGUCUACGAUAUCCUCCAAGGAAGGAUAUGGGCAGGUCACAACAUAUUGAGGUUUGAUAUUCCAAGGAUAAGAGAAGCAUUUGCAGAGAUUGGACGAGAACCGCCAGAGCCAAAGGGCACUAUUGAUUCGUUGGUGUUGCUUACUCAAAAGUUUGGGAGGAGAGCUGGUGAUAUGAAGAUGGCGACAUUGGCUGCAUACUUUGGGCUUGGCAAGCAGACGCAUAGGAGCCUUGACGAUGUCAGGAUGAAUUUCGAGGUUCUCAAGUACUGUGCCACUGUUUUGCUCUUGGAGUCAAGCCUGCCUGAUGAACUUGUAGAGAACUCGGUUACUACGCCAGAGACAAGUUCAAGAAGGCGUAGGAGUAUCAAAACAUCUCCUCUGCAAUCUCCGGUUGAUCAGCAGACACGGGAGAACACUCCGGCUAUACCUAUUCUAUCGUUCGUUUCACCUGUAGAACCUCAAACGGAUCCGUUUGAUAUGAGCACUUUAAGGAACGAGAUAGCCCCCGAGAUACUUGCCAUAAAAGAAGAACAAAAUCAGCCAUCAUCUGAGGCUGUUGCCUCUGAAGGAACCAAUGACCAGGAAGGAUUCUUGAGGCCUGGAGAUAUAUCUAUUCCAAGCAUCAAAGCAGUUCAUGUCCCGCUUUAUCAGGGGAGUCAAAGAAUGAAGCUUCAGCUUUUCCUUGGGGAUAGACCUCUUCAGCUCCAUUGUCCUCGUCUAGUAGUACGGUUCGGAAUCAAUGGGAAAUUUCUGGAUAACUCUGGGAGAAGGAAGUUGAACUUUUUAAUUGAUGUGAAUCCAAGUCUCUGCGACGUAUUGGAAAAAUGUGACAGUGCUGCAAAGGCAGUAUCUACUGAUUCAGGAAGCGGUUCUGACUGGUUCCCAGUGAUCAUUCCAAUGAAGGGGUUACUGAACCCUCCUACCGCAAGAAUACAUAUACCGACAGGAUUAAAUGGAGAUGCAGACCGGUAUGCAGCUGAGAUACACCAGAGAGACUUCUCUGGAACUAGUACUACUCAGAAACUCAUCUCAAGGAACCCAACCGCUGAGGAGCUUGAGCCUUUGGUUACUUCAAGAACUGUUCUCGGCGCUUUUUUGUCUAUUGAGCCAUAUGAUUAUCAGCAGAGAGCUGGAAUCCGUCUAAUCGCUAAAAAGCUGGUUAUACAUUCGUUUACUCAAUAGCACCAGGGAGUGUAAAGAAAUAUGAGUCUAGUAAACUGUAGUUUUAUUUUAUUCAGUUCAUAAUAAGAGUAUAAGACCAACACAGAACUGCUGUUCCUGACAGUAGAAAUAUUAGGUGACUCUGUAUUCAGUUUCAAAUUAAUUGUAAUUCAGAUUUAGAUUCUUCGUACGCACUUGGUUCCUUAUCUGGAACAGGAUUGCAUCUGCAACC